AUGGUCGUACCAGUCAAAAGAAAAAGGAAUUUGCAAGAGCCUCCAACAUAUGAGGAUCACCCAUCAUCGGAGGGCUCAGAUUUUGAUCAAACUGGCGAGUCAGACUACGAGUCUGAGGAAGAACAACCGAAAAAGAGAUCAGCCCCAAGGAAAGCUCAAAAGCAAGCAGAAACUUCACUGGAUCAGGAGAAUGAGCUAUUUAAAGCUCUAUCAAGUCCAGUUGCUGCCGUGUCAGAGCUUGCUCUCGAUUGGGUGGAAGCAUAUUUACAAGACCAGGAUAACAGCAGUGUGGACUCAUUCAAGAAUAUGUUCAAUCUUGUUCUCAAAGCUGUGGGUUGUAAGACUCUUGCUGAGGCACACGAUCUUACGAGUCCUGACUCGGCUGUUGCUACAGUGAAUGAGCUCGUCAUCCAUUUCGAAAAGCAAAAGUACCACGAGAAUCCCUUCGCGUCAACGAACAAGAAUGUUAAACAUUUCCAAAAAAAUCUUAUUGAGUUUUUUGGCGAAGUCAUCUUUUUUGCCCACGAGAAGGGCUGUUUAUACAGAGGUCGCGUUGAGGAAGACCAGUCUCUGCUUGCUUCUGACUUCAUGAACUCUGUGAUUCAGUGGUUCACAGCUCUUAGUUCAAGUACACCACGCCCAUUUCGUCAUGUCUCCACUGUCAUUCUUUUAAAUGUGGUCACCCAACUCUGUCAUCAGGCAUCAAGCCUCGAAAUAUCACUCGAGAGACAGCAGCGCCAAUUGAGUAACGCGAAAGGCAACAACAAGUCUAAGCGCAAUAACCAAAAUCAACUUCAAAAGAUACAAUGGAUGACCAAAAAUAUCGAAACAACCCGUUUUAGAAAAGAAACCAUUGAGGAGUAUUUGGACGAGAUCAGCCGAUCUGUGUUUGUACAUCGAUACAGAGAUGUUGACAGCGCUAUACGCGUUAGUUGCAUAAAUGCGUUGGGUGAGUGGAUGGUCGCAAAUCCAUCAUACUUCCUUCUGUCAUCCUAUCUACGCUAUUUUGGUUGGCUUCUUUCGGACCCGACUGAUGCAGUGAGAGAAGAGGUUGUCAAAGUUCUUGCUAAACUUUACAGAUUUCCAAAAGGCUCAAUUGAAAACAUGGCCUUCAGCUUCCGCAAGUUUACUAAACGCUUCCAACAGCAGCUCAUCAAUAUGAUCUGGAAAGAGAAUUUAACAAGCAUCAAAAUUAACCUAUUUGUUAUUUACAUCGAGCUUCUAAAAAUUGGGUUCCUUCAAGACCAGGACAAGAUCAAUCUUUGUUCAUACAUCAUUUAUCUUGCAGAGCUUGAAUCGACUCACAGUACCUCGAACAAUAGAUUGAAGACCGAGUCCAGCCGAUUCCUCACCCUUGUGAUACAGCACGAUGCUGACAGCUUGACGGAGAAGCUUGCAGGUUACACUGACUCUAUAUCGAGCGUGUUUGACAACUCAAAGCAAGCAUACUUUUUUCGAUAUAAGGUGCUCAGCGAUGUCCUCAACAAGGCAUUUCAACAAUACGAUUUGAAGCGAUCAAAACUUGUACUCACAACAGACGGGCCCAGCUUCUGGAAACUAAUCGACGCAAUCUAUGGUGACAUGCAUCUAUUACCUGAAUGGUCUAGCCAUUGGGAAAUCAUAUUGCAAUACUUGAUGCUUGAUGUGUCAGCAAUUCCAUCGGAAGGAUUCUCGGUUAGUGACACGGAAGAACUAAGCCGAAGUCUUGAACUAGCCAAUUCAGAUCAGCACAAUUUUAUCGCUCUCUUGUCAGGUGUUGUGAGUAGCUCAUUGAACAGGAAAGCCCGUAAAGGGCAAAAAGCGUCUUCAAGUGAUCUACCAGCUACUUUGAUACCCAAAUUGGCGUGCAAGCUUCAUGACUUGGAAGAUUUGCUGAGCAAAAAUGUUUCGAUGUACCCUAUUUUCUUGAAAAUUUGGACAACGCUUUUGAGUUUCCAACCGGAGCCCAUCCAGUCAGUGUUCGAGCACUCAGACAACGUGGAGGGGUAUAAUCAAUUGCAUGCAAAAGUUCUUCAGUUCUUCUUGGAGUGUGAAACCUUGUCAGAUGAUCUUAAUGACUUAUACAAAACUUAUUACUCGCUUUUGUUGACUUCAAGCGGAAAUGGACACUCAAACAGCGACGACGAUAAUAAUCAGCUCAUUAACCCCAACAUUUAUCUCAAAAUCGAGGAUACCAUCCUAGCGCUUCUGACAGAGGUAGUCGAAGCAUUCAAUGCCAAAAGCCUGGCCACCGACAUAUUUGAAGCUGAAUUUGAGCAGGAAGAUCCGUUUGUUUGUGAUCAAAAGGAUCUCUGUAACACACUUAUUGAUGUUUCAAAUCCACUUAUGAAAUUGAGUAUCAUAGGAGAUGUGAUAAGCAUAAUCCGGUUUGUGGGUGAGCCUAUUCUUGAUUACAAGGUGAGUGUCCUAGAGCAAAUCUCGGUCAAACUUUUAUCAAAACUAGAUUUUCAAUUGCUCGUUAAGCUUUGGCCUCGAAACCUUUACAAAGUUAUGAAGAGUGUGAGCAAAGCUUGGGAAUCUUUGCUUGAUUUCAUUCUAAUCAGCUUAUGUUGGAAACUUGAGGAUUUGAUGUAUGCUUUGAACGAUGGAACUGCCGAAACGAUCAAUGUGGACAUCUUUUUAGAGGAUGUGUGCAACUUGUUCAUCAACAUUAUCGACUGUUUCAAAUCCUUGAACGAGGUGACAUUUGGUGAAGGCGAUCUUUCUGGUUCUGAGAGCGUAACGAGCUCUUUGAAAAUUGAGCUAGCAGACUUCUACUAUAACUUUGGUAUAAGGGUCGUUGAUUAUUUGACAUCAAUCAAGGCUUUUUAUGAUAAGACGCAUGCAUCAAAUCGGUUUAGAGAUUACGAUGCCAUGUUCCGGGACGCCCUGAAACUUGGCGGCUAUGUGAUGGGUGAUAUUCCCGACACUUUAGAAAAUGCUCUUAUGAACGUCUUCUACAUCAAGGAAGCAAAGUUAGCACUUUUACUUGGUAAGGAUUUGACACGAACUGCGAAUGAAAAUGUCAACUUCGAGGAAUUUGUUCUCGAUGCCGCCCAAGAUGGCGAGAUUGAUGAUGUGAGCGCUCAAGAGAUUGUUACGAGAUUCGAUUCAAGUGAUGAAGAAGAUGACGAGAAUGAAGCACAAAUAGCCAAAGCGGCCGCAGAAAAGGAAGCAAAGGAACUAGCCAAAUCUAAGAUGCAGAGUGCAAAGCAUGAGAGGGAUACUUGGAUUCAAGAGAGAGAUCUUUCAAUAGUGUCGAUGAAGCUACUUGGGCUCUGGAAAGCUAAAGUUAUGUCACCGAGCUCUUUGAAGCGCUUCGCUCUCAACGGCGAAAAACUUGGGCAAACAUUCAAAACCAUUGUGUCCUUGGUGGACGCCCCUGACGAACCCUCAGAGGUAAUCGCUGUCGAUGCAACGGAAGCGAAUGAGAUACGCACAAGCGAAGAACAAACUACUCUUGUUUCGUGA